AUGGUCGCCUCACGAGAUGAAGAAGAAAACAUUUCAUUGAGUUCAAUUUCCUCAUCAGCUGCCUCGAGGCUAUCGCCGACAAAUGCAGAGAAUCCAAUCGCAUUCAACUCCAAAUAUGAAGAAAACAGGGAUGAUAGUAUAACUUGCAACGAAUAUUAUCCCGAGGGCGACAAUCGAAAUAUCGGAACCACCAUCAUAACUGAAGAACCCACCAGACGAAAGCCACUAUGGAGAAAAGUAUAUGAUGUCGUAUACCCGGAUUAUGUUCUACAACAUCUAGACUACAAGUCUCUCAAGGUGGUGAUACAAAGCUGGUCCCAGUUGUUCCCAUCGAUGAUCUUAUCGAUCGUACCGAAGACAAGCAAUUGGCUCUCAGGUGCUCCAUAUUUGACGUUAAUUGUGUCAUUUAUUGGUAUAGCUGGUGGUACCUCUAUUAUCCAGAACGUUUUAAUUGACUUGGCAAUGUUGAUCGGGGUGUUGAUUUCCUUCGUUCAUCAUGUUGUUAGAACAAAGAUUAUCAAUGAUUUACAUGGCGGGAUUACUCAACAGGAGCUAGUAGAAAACUUGAUAGCAGAGGGUGCUUGUAAAAUGGGGUCAGAGCUUCAAGAUUGUGUAACGGAACAGAUUUUCAGUGGGAGAUACAUCAAAACAAAGGCUGUUGCGGUCACAAUGAUAUCAAUGAUUACAAAUACAGUCAUUUUGGGUAAUGUCAGAAACAUUCACCCUUUUUGGAACCUGUGUUAUAUCAUUGGUCAGAUUGGGAAUGUGAUCUUUUCAUGUUAUGGGCAUUUUUCACCAUUGUAUCUGCCAUUGCAAAUAGGCUAUACAGUUCUAAGACCAGUUGGAUGUGCUCUUCUCCUAAAACUCGGAGCUGCAUUUUUUGUAUUCCCACUGACAUCCAACUUUAGAUACGUUGCCGGUGUACAGGGUAUUCUCACUCAAUUAAAGCAAGCCUCAGUGAAGAAUAUGCGGCUCUUCAAGACAAUGAAACCGUCAGCUCCGAACUUUGCCAAUUACAAAGCUUUUAAAAAGGAAAUGACAGCCAUCAGAGGUAAAAUGGCUCCGUUGGAAAUUGUUGCUUCUACAAUAUGGUUGGAGUACUCUUACGGUAGGUUUGAUGUCGGUGACGUCGGCCAAUUUAGAUCGUUGGCUAAAAACUUGGUUACUUCGACUGCAAGUUAUGCCCAUUUUUUCCAAUUAUUACAAGAGCGAACAUUUUUUGCCAAAGAUGACUUUCGGAUGUCCAGACGGAGAUCAACUGUAUCGUCCUUGAGCCAUGGUCACGCCAAGAUUUAUAGUGCCUUUCAAGAUUCGUACAGGAAGGUUGGUGAGUACGAACAUAAGAAGCGUGUGAGAACUUUGCGAAAUCGAAUCAUACAUCAUGGACAAGGGCAUAGGUUGACACCUAAUGAGAUCGAUCAGAUUGCCAACUUCCUCACGAAAAAACUUAGUCCAUUGUUGGAAGUAUCCGACAGCGCACUAGGAGUCAUACUUGAAUGGGUCGCAGCUGCAAAUAAUUUCAGAUUUUUUGCUUUAGUGCCGUGGGAGUAUCAAAGGCAUAUUGCAAAACAAAAGGAAAUGGCCGAAAAGGUGAAACAAACAAAGAAGAAGAUUGUGGAAACUCUUGCAAAAUUUGAGGACGUUGAAACUUUGAAGGAAAUGAUGCUUGAUAGUAAUCGAAGCGAAGAGUGGUUGUUGUUUCUAAUCAGCCAGGGUGUGUUGUUUCUUCAAAUUGCUAGGCAUCAAUGUGAUAAUAUCGUCAAACUUAUUGAUCUAUUUAUUGACAUUGACCAGAGACGACCAACUCCUAAAUUCGUAUCGUACUUCACGAAAACCAAGUAUUCCAAACCACGACAUUUAACGAGUGAUCUUGAUGAGGAAGUGCCAGAUUACUUACGCAAGGAGACACAGAAGAGAGAUGCCGACAAUUUACCACCGGCAAACUUUGCUCAAUACAUUGGACUCUACAUAACAAAGGUUUUUUACUUUUCAAUAUCGGAUAAAUUUUGGUUUUGGAUCCGUGCAGGUGGAUUGAUAUGUCUAGGGGCGACUCCUUACUUUGUAAGAACAACGGCUCAUUGGUAUUACAGUAUAAGAAUGGUUUGGCUUGUUAUCAUGAUUGCUGUUUCCAUCAGUGAAAGUACUGGACAGACAACAUAUGUUUUUGUAUCGAAGCUCUGUUACACAUUUGCCGGGUGUUUGCUAGGGCUUGUUUGCUGGUAUAUAUCGUGCGGGAAAGCCGCCGGUAACUACUAUGGCUAUGGGGCAGUUAGUGGUGUCGUUUACCUAUAUUUAAUAUUUUUCAGGCAUUUUUCCGUGCAUCUGACGCUUCUACCUCAAGUUUUGCUUGGGGUGACGACAAUUUUGGUAUUGGGAACAUCUUGGCUAGAUGCUAGUGGAAGCAAAUCUGCAAAUGUUAGCUAUGGUUGGGAGCCUGCAUACUUGCGAUUUAUCGGAGUUGUUAUUGGUUUAUGUAUAGGAUCAUUAACAGCAGUGCUUCCAAAACCCAAAUCUUCAAAGUUUGUUGUGAGACAGAUCUUGGGAUCAUCCUUGUCCGAGGUAGGUAAUAUUCAUUGUGAUAUCUCCAAAUUUGCUGUAAAAAGAUGUAAUGAUCCUUCGUACCACAUUUUGGAGAGACAUGAUCUUUUCUUGGCUAGGUUCAGGUACUACUUUAUGAGAAUUUCACUGUUGAGCAAACUUUUGGUUCCGUUAAAGUUUGAGUUACCCAUUUCAGGAUAUUGGCCAGAGUCGAAAUACUUACGUCUUCAAGGAUUAAUUGCGGAUACCGUGCAAUUAUAUUUGAUGAUGUUGAUUGCGCUUAAUGAGCUCGAAGAUCCGGCAACCUGGGUACCCAUUAUAAUGAAACGUGUGGGCUUCUGCUAUUCGGAGUUGGAUGCAGAGCUUUUCUCUCUCAUUCAUAUGGCUUCUGAUGCAAUUAAAACAAAAGAUGCGUUACCAAAGAUCACUGAGGCAAAUGUUUCCUUGCGACAUAUGGAAUUACUACGCCGUCAGUGGGGUAUAAAUAAGAUGUCAUUGAGUGAGCGAUUCUACAGCUCCAAAACUAACGCCGAGAAUGCCAAUGUUGGUGACCAUAGCGCCAUAACAGACCAUUUAGACUAUAAUAAGUUUUUCAGUCGCGAUGGACAAUUGAACAUUUUGUCAUUGCUAAUCGCCCAUAUGAUUUACAAUAGGUUGGAUGAGAUCAUGAUAGUUGUCAAGGGGCUAGUUGGCGAAAUGUAUGACUUGGAUGAGAAUAUAUUGGUCGAAGAUGACAGUGAGGAUGAAGGUGCAGUUGAAGAGCUAGAAAGGGAGUGA